AUGCCUGCUACUAUACGGAAAGGGCAGAGAAGUGGGCCUGCGCUGUUCUCACCACAGCAGCAGAGGAAACCCUGCAAGUUGUAUGCUGUGAAGCAUCAAGUGGCAACUGUGAUUGUUGGCGACAUCCUGAAUGAUUCUCAGAACAAGUUUCUCAGCAUCAGCUGUGAUGGCUGGUGCCACAUGUUCAGUCUGCCGGCAGAUGCAAGCGAUGAAGACAGGAAGCAGCUGCAGCCUUUCCACACUCAGCGGUUACCUGCAAACACAAAGAUGGCCCUGCUGGCUGAUAUCAACAAGGAUGGGAAGAUGGAGCUGAUCCUUGGCCUGACCGAUCGUGUUGUUCGGACGUACCAGUGGAGUUCACUAAGCGAGAGUGGAACUGAAGGCCAGGGCAAGCUGGUGGGCCUGCACAAGUGGGAGUUUGCAAAUCAGGUGGGCAACAUCUCACUCAACAACACACCUGAAGGGGGCUUGGCCAUUCUGGUGGCACAGCCUGGUGGCACCUACAUCAAGCUUGACUUUGGCAUGUCUAAGGUUGGCAGCAGCCCCACCGACAGUACUGCCAGCAAUGGGACAGCACCCGAAGACAGCGCCCUACUAAUGUCGGUGGGUCCGCAGCACCACAAGCUGGGCCUGUCUCACAUGCGCAAUCCCAACGUGUCAUCAGUCAUUUCGGGCAGCAUCCGGGGCACCACCCGUGCUAAGGAACCGGUCAACUCUCUCAUGGCUCUGGCCACCCUGGACGGCACACUGAUGCUGGUUGAUGACGGAGACAACAUCCUGUGGUCCCUGCAGGUGGACCACCAGCUGUUUGCCCUUACCAAAAUGGAUGUAGUGGGGGAUGGUCGUGAAGAGGUGAUAGCAUGUGCUUGGGACGGCCAGACAUACAUUGUCAAUGAAGAACGGCAGUCGGUGCGGUUCCAGUUUGAUGAAGCAGUGUGCACCUUCACGGCUGGUAAUCUGACUUUGAGUCCUGGUGAGGCGCUGCCCUCCCUCGUCUAUGCAACGUUCAACAAUCGCAUCGUAGUGUACUACAACAUCACCUUCACAAACAUGGCCACGCAGUCGCUGCUGGACGACACUGAGCUUGUGGCCAAGAUUAACAACCUUGUGCCUGGUGUGGACCCGCGCAAGUUUCUCCAGUGGUGUAUGUAUGGAUCUCGGCCACUGCUAGGGGACCAAGCAUGUCCUGUGGAGAGCGCUGACCCAGAUGAAGGAACUGAAGAUGCCGGAUGAGCUACAAGUUCAGUCGCCAUCCUGAGACUACACUGAUCAUUGUGCUCUCCUACUUUGUGACUGAUGAGCCGGCUGUGUUUCCACGAGGCCGGGUCCAGCUCCACAGGGUCACCACAGGACUGCAGGAGCAUGGACACCUGCAUAAAUAAAGUUCUCUAUUUU